CUCGGACGGAUGUGUAAUGUGUUUAGUGACUGUACGCUCCCGCCAAAAACUUACGAACAAGUUCAACCAGUUUUGUUUUAACACAAAUUAUAUGAUUUUUUUUAAUUAAAAGUGAAAAUUCUUGCAGUUGAUUUAAUGUGAAGUUUUUUUUUGUGAAAUUAUCGUUUCGCGACUGUAAUUAUACGUUUUUGGGUGAAUUUAGAAUGCAAAGAUAUUUUGUAACAAAUACAAUUUAAAUUGGAUUCUGGAAAGAUUAAAAAUGGAGUUGAAAUCACCUAAAGCAAAGAAAAAGUCGUCUAAAAUAUCAUGGAAGAAAAUGUUCCGGUCUCCGAUACUCUUGUUUCUCCUACUCGGUACAUCAAGCUGUGACCAUGAAGUGACAAGUGACAUUAACGGAACUGUCAAAUUUGACAGCUCGAAUAGUACGAAUUUGAGGCUAAGGCAUAUGCAUAUGCAGCCAGCUAACGUAACUUACGAUAAACAUGUUCUUAGUGAUAUUAAAUAUUUAAGACGUCAUUUGAAUAGGGAAAUUAUUAAUUUUAUUAUGACAGACUAUUUAUUGGACGGUGAAGUGGAAAUAAGAGUGCAUUACAACGGAAUAACCGCGAAGGAGACUUCAGUCGGCGUUAACGGACGAGGAAUAAAACUACGUCAGCUGACCGACGGCGGCCAUCUUGUUCAAGUAAUUUAUUCACCAGAUGGCAUUAUACAAGAUUGUGAAUAUCUUUCCGAUAUCAAAACAACUAGAAACUUUUUAAAAACAUUAAGAAAAGAAUUAAAACUGGCAUUAGAAGAGCAAACUUAUAAAAUUUUAGAGAAAAAUGACAAUGAAGACGAAAAAUUUUACCGCCAUUUUGGUAAUGUCACUUUGAGGUUAUUAAAAGGUAAUGAAAAAUUACCUACAGAUAUUGCGAAUUGGUUGGAUUACGACAGAUUGAAAAUGGAAUGUUUGGAAAGACAUGAAGAGUUAACAUUUUUGAUGUCAAAUAGAAAUAAAAUUGGAGAGGAAGUAUUAACAAGGUCUAGAAGAUCGUUCAGGGAGAAUUUUAUAAUGCCCGGAACGAAAUGGUGCGGAGCUGGUCAGUUAGCGAAAAGGUACAACGAACUAGGCGACGAUAGUAACGAAGACAUGUGCUGUAGGGCCCACGACAAUUGCAGGGCCAACAUCGGCGCCUUCAGAAAGCGCUUCGCCUACUUUAACUAUAGGCCGUAUACUAUCUCGCAUUGCCGUUGCGAUAGGAGAAAAAAGCGCGACGCUAUGGAGUUACUACGCGUGCCCGGUACAAAAUGGUGCGGUAAAGGAUUCUCAGCGACACAUUAUUCCCAACUUGGAGGUUAUACACGUACUGACAGAUGCUGCCGAGUACACGAUUUAAGGUGUCCAUUUUGGAUUGGCGGUAUGGAGAAGAAAUAUGGACUUUACAACUGGCGAGUGAAUACAUUAAUGCAUUGUCGAUGCGAUGAAAGGUUCCGGGCAUGUCUAAAACUCGCCGAUACAUCGGUAUCCAAUAUGGUUGGCAAAUUAUUUUUCAAUGUGGUACAAACGAAAUGUUUCAUUCUGAAACCUGUUAAAAUGUGCAUCCAAAGAUCCUGGUGGGGCAAAUGUUUGAGAAAAGGUUACCAAAAGCAAGCAUUCUUAAGAGAUAAUUUACCAUAUUGAAUAGUCCAACUGAUAUUGAGAGGGGCGCCACUAUCGCUGGGAAUCGAACAAUCUUUCUGUUAGAAAACAAUAAAGCGUCAAUAGCCUAAUGGUUAAGGAUACGGAUUCCCGAUCACGAGGUCGGG